GCAAACCGACAGGACUGGACAAACUGCCCGUUCAGCGGACGAUAACGGGGCCGGUUUCUCGCACUCUCCACUCAGCGCGUCAUUCUCCUGCAGCCAGCGUUCUGAGUCGCGCAAGCCUUCACCAUGGGACUCGUGAGCGACCCGAUCUUCCAGAAGCUCGAGCAAUGGUACAAAGCCAAUGCCGGGAGCCUCAGCAUGAGGCAAAUGUUCGACGCUGACAAACAGAGAUUCAGCAAGUUCAGCCUAACACUGAAAACAGAUGACGGGGAUAUUCUUCUAGACUAUUCCAAGAACCUCAUCAACGAGGAAGUUAUGAAGAUACUGCUUGAGCUGGCGAAGUCCAGGGGAUUGGAGGCUGCGCGUGACAGGAUGUUCUCUGGCGAGAAGAUCAACUUCACUGAGGAUCGGGCUGUGCUCCACGUGGCCCUGAGGAACCGCUCCAACACCCCCAUCCUGGUGGAUGGCAAAGACGUCAUGCCUGAUGUCAACAAAGUCUUGGAGAAGAUGAAGGGGUUCUGCCACAAAGUCCGCAGCGGGGACUGGAAGGGUUUUACGGGGAAGUCCAUCACUGACGUCGUGAACAUUGGCAUCGGAGGCUCAGACCUGGGUCCUCUGAUGGUGACUGAGGCCCUGAAGCCAUACUCCAAAGGUGGACCACGCGUGUGGUUCGUCUCAAACAUCGACGGGACACACAUCGCAAAAACCCUGGCAGAGCUCAACGCUGAGACCACACUCUUCAUCAUUGCCUCUAAGACUUUCACCACCCAAGAGACCAUCACCAACGCGGAGUCAGCUAAAGAGUGGUUCUUGCAGGUUGCCAAAGACAGCUCCACUGUUGCCAAGCACUUCAUAGCCCUCUCCACCAACGCUCCCAAAGUGAAGGACUUCGGUAUCGACACAGAGAACAUGUUCGAGUUCUGGGAUUGGGUCGGUGGACGCUACUCCUUGUGGUCUGCUAUAGGACUCUCCAUUGCUUUGCACAUUGGCUUUGAGAACUUUGAAAAGCUGUUAGCCGGAGCACACUGGAUGGACACGCACUUCCGCACGGCCCCUCUGGGCCAGAACGCGCCCGUCCUGCUGGCCAUGCUGGGGAUCUGGUACAUCAACUGUUUCCAGGCCGAGACGCACUGCCUGCUGCCCUACGACCAGUACAUGCACCGCUUUGCCGCGUACUUCCAGCAGGGCGACAUGGAGUCCAACGGGAAGAGCGUGACGAGAGCUGGCAGUCGGGUGAGCCACCACACUGGACCCAUCGUAUGGGGCGAGCCCGGCACCAACGGACAGCACGCCUUCUAUCAGCUCAUCCAUCAAGGAACACGUAUGGUCCCUUCUGAUUUCCUCAUCCCUGCCCAGACUCAGCACCCAGUCCACAGCAAUCUGCACCAUAAGAUCCUGAUCGCCAACUUCCUGGCUCAGACUGAAGCCCUGAUGAAAGGAAAGACAAUGGAAGAGGCAAAGAAGGAGCUGGAGGCCGGAGGAACGAGUGGAGAGAAACUGGAGAAGAUCUUACCACACAAAGUAUUCCAAGGAAAUAAACCGACUAAUUCGAUAGUCUUCAAGAAGCUGACACCAUACAUACUCGGAGUCCUUAUCGCCAUGUAUGAGCACAAGAUCUUCCUCCAGGGGAUCGUAUGGGAGAUCAACAGCUUUGACCAGUGGGGGGUGGAGCUUGGGAAACAGCUGGCCAAGAAGAUCGAGCCAGAGCUCCAGGACACGGCUGAGGUCAGCUCCCAUGACUCCUCUACCAAUGGCCUCAUCAAUUUCAUCAAGAAAAACUUUGCUUGAACACACACACACACACACACACACACACACACACACACACACACUUACAAAUAUGCUUCACAGGCCCCUUGCACUGACCCCCCCCCCCCCACCUCAAAGCCCUAAGGCCCCCUGGGAUAUCUGCAAGCUUCCAGCAUGGCUUGUUAAACCAUGGAGCCUGGUGCUUUAAAUGUUGUCCUUCUGCAGCUAGUGCACAGACUCCAGAAUAAGAUUUGAUCAGCGGUAAGUGAACACUGUUAGGACAUUUCACUGAUGUGCUGAUGUAAAGUGGAAGCCUUGGUAUAAGAAAAUCUUAAAUCAAAAAAUAAAUAUGUUUGAAAUGUU